AUGGUGCGCGCGCUCGGCGACGGCAAGGUGGCCGUGGAGGAGCGCUGCUCGAGGGACGCGGAGGCGCUGGCGCACGCCCUGCGGCGGGACCUGGCCUGCGCCUUCGAGGACGGGGACGAGAUUUGCCUGCUGGUGAACUACCUCAGGCCCGGCGGGGGCGGCCACUGGAGCCCGCUGGGCGGGUACGCCGAGGACCGCGUCCUGAUCCUGGACACCAACAGCCAGAGGCACCCGCCGCACUGGGUGCCGUGCGCGGCGCUGGUAGAUGCGAUGUGCUGCAACAACCCCAGGACGGGGCGGCCUCGCGGCUACCUGGCGCUCCAGCGCGAGGAGGACCGUGGUGACCGCGACGCGCCGCAGGGGCGUGCCGACGGCCCUCCGUCGCGGGUGAUCCACGUCGACCCGAACCACCUCGGCAUGCUGAUCGGCAGAAAGGGUGAGACGAUCAAGAACAUGUCCGACAGCUCAGGAGCGCGCGUGGAGGUGUGCAAGGAGGACUCCGGGCAUCAGCCCAGGGCCGUCACGAUCACUGGGAGCCUGGAGGCCAUUGACCGCGCCCAGGGGCAGAUCGACGAGGUGCUCAUGCGCGCGCGGGAACGCGAUGCCCAAAGGCAACAGGGUCACCGCCGACGAGAUCAUCGAGACUCUCGGCACAAGGACUUCGACCGCGAGUGGGACGGCAAGGGCUGCGGCAAGGGCAGGGGCAAGGACUUCGGGGACUUCGGCGCCCCCCCGCCGCCGAUGCCGCACGCGCCCCCGCCGGGCCACGGGCCAGUGCCGCUGCCGCACUACCUGGACCCCUGUGGCAGGCCGAUCUACCACCCGCCGCCGAUGGCCCAGGAGCCUCCGGUCGAGUUCCCCGUGCUGCUGAGCCGGAGACAGCUGGAGGCCCCGCCAGAGGACGGGCCCGCGGACGCCGCGGGCGCCGCCGCCAUGGACGAGUGCAAGGUCGUGGAGGCCACGUGCCUCCGAGGCCGGGAGCUCCGGUGGCAGGCGUGGCCCGAGAUCAGCUCCUUCAACGAGGAGUGGAAGGUCCAGCCCAUGCGCUGGGGCCUGCGCGGGGAGCUCUUCGUCCUCCUUAGGAGGCGAGGCACCGCGGAGACCCGCAUGUGCGCCGCGGAGGUGCAGCUCCCCCUGGACAGGUGGCCGCGGUUGAACGAGCCCUCCUCCGGCUCGGACGCCGCCGCGCCGGGGGGGACGGCAACCUCCAGGUAUAGAUCCUUCACUUUCAACGAGCACUUGUUCAUUGUGUCCAUCGAUCGCGACUCUGGUGCAUUCAAGGUG